CGUCCUCUAGAUGUAGUAGUCCAUGGAUCUGGCCCAGCUGUCAAACCGUCGUCUUUGCGUUUUGUUAAGGGACGUGAGUACGUGAUCUUUUCUCUUCUCCCCAUCACGUAUCUAUGGUAAAGUGACGUACAGGCGUCCUUUAUUGGAAAUUCUCAUAAAAAAUUAUUGGUCUGCCAAAAAGGUUUUGUUGUCUUCAUAUUAGACAAUAUCAUCUGCCAACAUGUCUUCACCACAGGAUGAUGGUAGCAAAAACAGUAUGGGAAUAUCCACAUAUUUAACUGUUUCCCUACUUGUUGGGGUACUUCUGUAUUUGAUAAACAAGAAGUUUGGAAAGACAAUCAAGAAUUGGUUGUUUGCUUCAUUUUGGAAUCGUGCAAUGAAAGAAUACCAUGCAACAAUGAGAGACAUGAAAAAAUCACAUUUUGACUCCAUGCUUGAGCACAAGUCUACAGAUGCUGAUCUUAGGAAAAGGUCUGUUUUGAGGGUUUUGGAAAUUGGAGCAGGCCCUGGGGCCAAUUUUGAGUUCUUUCCCAAAAAUUCUAAGCUUAUGGUUGUUGAACCAAAUGCCUUCUUUGAGCCUAUGUUUUAUGAGAACCAACACAAGUAUCCCGACAUUAAAAUGGAAAAAUUCAUAGUCAGCAGUGCAGAAGACAUGAAAGAAGUUGGAGAUAAUAGUAUUGACAUUGUUGUCUCUACUUUAGUCCUCUGCUCUGUUACUAGUGUUGAAAGAACUCUUUCGGAAGUUCAGCGCGUACUAGCGCCAGGCGGCAAAUUUUACUAUUGGGAACAUGUUCAUGAUAAGCCUGGAACUUGGCUCCACUUGGUCCAAAACUUACUUAGCCCUUUAUGGAAUUUCCUUUUUGAUGGCUGCAACCUGAAUCGCAACAUCGAUCAAACUGUUCUCGGCUGCAAGGGUUUUUCACAAGUUGAGCAAAAGCGCUUCAAUGUCCCGCUGAAAAAUGGACUUUGGGGUUUUAUUCGGGCUCAUGUUAUGGGUCAAGCAACAAAAUAAAUUCGUCGUUAAUUAAUGUCGAACCAUAA